GCUACGUGUUUAUUUUACUGACAUCAAUUAAAACUAAAUGUAUGUGACGUAUCUUAUAUAAAGUAGGAUAAUUUUUUUUUUCAAUUUAUGUUUGUCUGCAGUUUUUAAAUAUUAGAAGAGACUGUGAUAAUACCGAGUGUACCUUGUAAACACGCUGUAGAAAACUUUCUCCCACAUGGAUCUCAUCAAGAUGUUGGAGGAUUCCUGUGAUUCGUUGGGCGACGCAUCAUCAUCAACAUCAACCGGCUAUAGCUCUGCGAUCGACUCUCCUCAUUUUGACUUGGAAGAAUUCCUCCAACACCAAUCAGACAAUUCGGCCUCACAGUCACCGGUUUAUGCGGAUUCGGGGUACGAUGCCCCUACUGUAUCGGCCACAUCCAGUUGGAUCGAUGUCGAGCAGCUGGAUCCAAAUAUUGCUGUGAAGGACUUCCAGCACCUACCGAACUCCGAAUCUAAUCAUUGGAACAGUGGAUACGUUAAUACGUUACAAGAAAAUGUGGGGACCACCGAAUUCGGUACGGUUCUUCCUAGCUUUGCUCAUUUCACAAAUGGUUCGGUUCAAAGUCUUUCAUCGAAUAGUCUGGACAAUUCCUAUCCUGUCAAGGUUGACCUAACGACAAGAAAUGCUGUAGAACACGCCGAACUAGAUAACACCCAAGUGGUCGUUACACCAAAUGCUAUUUCUAUUGACAACAGCGCUCUGCAGUCUUGGACUCGUCACUUGCAUUACGUGGCUUCAAACGCAUUAAAUUAUCCUCAAACAGAGGUGUAUCAAGAUAACCAUUUUGGAAGUGUUCAUUCAAUGGCCACUAAUGAGAUUAAUCACCAUUCAAGUGUCAUUGACAUUGACCAGUACCAACGAGAAUCCCAUCAGCAGCUUGUCGAACAACCUAGCAACAACUACCACAUUCCAUCGACGAUGCAACCUGUUCAAAUAAUUACCAUGACUAUUCUCCCAGAUUCGACCUUCAACGUCAACAACCUCUCAGAACAACUACCGAACACCGAAGCACAAGACACGAACACUCCAACAACUCUACACCAAGUGCAACCACCACUCCUAAUCGCCAAACCAAAGUCAAAACGCAUUAGAAGUCCGGAACCCCAAGAAACCGGGCACGAGUUCGUCGAAGAUGCUCAACUUGGCACCCUACGAGCGGUAAGACGGGAACCUCCAACGAAACCAACUCGGGGUAGAAAACCGCAACCGAUCCGAUACGAAAUGGCUAGCGAACAUUACUGCCUCCCAUGCAAGAAGAACUUCCGCUCCAAGGGCGGACUGGUUCAGCACAACAGAUACGUCCAUCCGGAGACGGCACGCCUUCAUCGGUGCGAGGAGUGUGGCAAAAAAUUCGAAACCCUAGAAAAGUUGACAAACCACUCAGCCCGACACAAACAGGGUAAAGACUUCAAAUGCGGCUUAUGCGAGAAAGACUUCAACCACAUGUGCGACCUGAGGCGCCAUUAUGUGAGCAUACACGAGCGAGGGGAAAAGCUAUUCCGCUGUCGAUUUUGUGGGAAGUGUUUCGGUCGGCAGGAUCACUGUCGGAAGCACGAAGUCGGUCACAAGAAUCGUACCGUGAAGCGGUCGAAUGAGGUUACUGGUUUGCAGCCAAUGGGAAACGAAGUUGCUAAAGACGAAGAAGGUGGAGGAGUCGUUGAAGCCGAUUUGUCAUUGGACUCGUCGGGAAUAGAAAAAGAUAGGACCGUAAGUGAUGAUUUGAAAGUUGUUUUGUAG